UCUCAGCUCCGCUCCUGGAUUUUUCUCGUUCCUUUUUCUCCUCUCAGGAGAUCAAUGGUCCUGAUCCCGCCGGUGUGGAUGAUUCCCGCUCCAAGCUCAGUUGCAAGCGGCCAUCGAAUACUCCGACCCCGCAUGGUUCCGGUCAUUUCUGCCUAGUGUAUGCAGCUACAACCAACAGCGCGUUGUCUAUUUGCCUCCAGCCUCGUGGGCUACAACUAUGCAGGCCUCUACCGACAACCGAGCCAUGGACGGGGUAUGGAGUUGUCAAUUUUGCUCGGCAGUCUUUCAUCGCUUAGACCAUCACAAGCGACAUAUAGCUACCCAUAGCUCACAGAAGCCUUUCAGAUGUGGAUUCUGCGGCUCUCAUUACAAACGAGGAGAUGUCUUGCGGCGACACUGGAAGUCUUGUUCUGCCCGUAUACAUGCCGGUCAGGCCAUCCCAGGACCUCGAAUAGGCGGCAAAGAACGGCACGCAUGUGAUGUCUGCGCUAGGCUAAAGAAAUCCUGUGAUGGGGGGCAGCCAUGCUUAGAAUGCGCCACGCGGAGGAAGGAAUGCACUUACUUGCGACUGCAGGAUAGCGGGGGGGCUCCGCGCAACCAGCACACCCCUUCGCCGACUUUCAUCCAAUCGCAGCCCGAGCCCAUAAACUCAAUACCCGAUUUGGCGCUUCCCACAUGGGAUCUAGGGCUCCAGCCAUACUAUCCAAACCUCCAGACUCGUCUGAAGGCUCGCGCACGACGCGAUGGCGUCCAAACAGGGGGAUGAAUCUACACAGCUGCUUUACGAACAGGAGCAUCAAAUAAAGGCGUGGUAUUUCGAGGAAUAAGCCAUCUACUUGGAGUUUGGGAACACCAGCGAACAGAGCAUGG